AUGUGUCAAUUCGGACAUAAAGUUCGAAGGCAAACUGUAUUUGUGAAACUAAAACCACCAGGACCAACUCCAUUGCGAAUAUUUGGACGGACAUGUCAGCGUGUGACAACAUGCGGCCCGGCGUGCGGGUCCACCGGCGUUGUUCCGGCGGCGGCAGGCGCGGUGCGUCGCCUCGCGUCCAGUCUCCAAAGCACCAGCACCGGAUCCCUCCCCGAUUACGGCACACAGAUCGUUGACCCCUACCGCUUGUUGGAGGACGACCUCAACGGCAUCUACGAGGACAUAAGAUCGGAGCUGGAGCGAAACACAAACCAAGCGGAAUUGAACACCAUAGCCACAUACUACUUCGACGGACAGGGAAAGGCUCUGAGGCCGAUGGUCGCGAUCCUGAUGGCGAGGGCCGUCAACUACCACGUUUAUGGCGAAAAUAGUGCAUUGCUGCCAUCACAGCGACAAGUGGCGAUGAUCAGCGAGAUGAUCCAUUCGGCGUCACUGAUCCACGAUGACGUCAUCGACCAAAGCGACUUCCGGCGCGGGAAGCCCUCCGUCAACGUGCUCUGGAAUCACAAGAAGGUGGCGAUGGCCGGCGACUUCAUCCUCGCUGUGGCGUCGAUGAUGAUAGCUCGCCUGCGCAGCGACGAGGUCACACUCGUUCUUAGCCAGGUGGUGACAGACCUAGUGCAGGGCGAGUUCAUGCAGCUUGGCAGCAAGGAGACAGAGAACGAGCGAUUCGCGCACUACCUCACGAAGACCUACAGGAAGACUGCCUCGCUCAUCGCCAACUCCGUGAAAGCGGUGGCGCUGCUGAGCGGAGCCGACGAGGCGACCAGCGAGCUGGCGUUCCAGUACGGCCGCAACCUGGGCCUGUCCUUCCAGCUGGUGGACGACCUUCUGGACUUCGUGUCCUCGGCGCAGGCAAUGGGCAAGCCCACGGCCGCCGACCUGCGCUUGGGCCUCGCCACGGCGCCCGUCCUCUUCGCUUGCGAGAAGUACCCCGAGCUGAACCCGAUGAUCAUGAGGCGGUUCCAAGAGGCGGGCGACGUGGAGAAGGCGUUCGAGCUGGUGCACAAGUCGCGCGGCCUCGAGCAGACGCGCUUCCUCGCGCGCAAGCACGGGCUCGAAGCGGCCCGCCUCGCCGCCGAGCUGGCCGACUCGCCGUACCAAAAGGGCCUCGUGGUGACCACCGACCUGGUGCUCAACAGGAUCAAAACAUACCGAGCGCGCUUUGUCGCCCAACGCGCUAGAACCGUGGAAAAGCAUCCUAGUUUCCAAUGCGUGCGGACGCUUCCAGAACUUUCCGAACGCUCUUUGCUCAUCCAACGUGUUCGAGGCACGGACAGGCUUCCAAAGUUUGAGAGCGUCCAGUCUCUUCUAGAACGUUCCGAACGCGCUUUGGUCAAGCAACGCGUUAGAGCCUUGGAA